AUGGAGGGCAUUCGCUACCGUGGCCGCACGCUCCAGGAGUGCAUGGACCAGCUGCCCAAGGCGCCAGGCAGCAAGAUCGGCCUGCCCGAGGCCUCUUUCUGGCUGCUGCUGACAGACGAGAUUCCGACGGAUGCCGAGGUUAAGGCCCUGAACGAAGAGCUGCACAAACGGUCUGCGCUCCCUGCCGACGUCAUCAAGCUGGUUGACAGCAUCCCGAAGGACACCCACCCGAUGACGCAGCUCGCCAUGGGUCUCCUGGCCCUGCAGCCCACAAGCGAGUUUGGGAAGGCCUACAGGUCAGGAAAUCUGAAGAAGACGGAGUACUGGCAAUACACACUGGAGGACGCCUUGUCCCUGGUGGCGAGAGUCCCCGUCCUUGCUGCUCGUAUCUUCUGCAACGUCUUCAAGAACGGCCAGCAUAUCCCUAGCGACCCUUCCCUGGACUGGGCGGGCAACUACGCACAGAUGCUGGGUGUCAACGACAGCGACAAGUUCAAAGACAUCACGCGCUUGUACCUGAUGCUUCAUGCUGAUCACGAGGCGGGCAACGUCUCGGCCCACACUACGCACCUCGUGGGUAGUGCUCUGAGUGAUCCGUACUACUCCUUUGCGGCUGGCGUUUGCGGUUUGGCGGGUCCACUACAUGGCCUGGCUAACCAGGAGUGCCUUCGGUGGUUGAAGAACACGCACGAGACGCUGAAAGGACAGGAGCCAACAGUGGAGCUGUUGACUUCCUUCGCCAAGGAGACCUUGGCUUCGGGCAAGGUGAUUCCUGGCUUCGGCCACGGUGUGCUCCGAAAUACCGACCCGCGGUACACGAUCCAGCGCCAGUUCGUGCAGGAGAACUUCCCAGAUGAUCCGCUGGCAAAGCUGGCAGAGGUUUGCUUCCAGGCGAUUCCUCCAGUGCUGGAGGCGACAGGCAAGGUGAAGAACCCGUGGCCGAACGUGGAUGCCUUGUCGGGCACCUGCAUGCAGUACUACGGCUUGAAUCAGGAGGACUACUACACC